UAGCAGUUCUUCUGAUCUUCAGUGGGGUUAUUAGGACCUAGUUUCAUAUAAAACUAUACAUUUCGCUGUGAAAAUUUUAAGAAUUGCGUUUUGGCUUAGACAAUAAAUACCUGGAUCAAGUCCAUAUUCAACAAGACACGUGGUCAUAUCAUCGUCUCUGCUAUCAACGUUAGUCGUCGUUUCCUAUAAUAUAAAAACCAUCAUGCAACUGAGCCUGUCAAACCAAGUUUUGUAAACAUAUGACAUACCGCAAGAAUUCCUACGAGAAUGAAAAAGAAAACAAUGACAGUUUUCAUGGCGAAUGAAAGAAGAUGACGAAGAUGCCGCGUUUAUCAGUCAAUGUACGUAACCGCACUGAAGCGCUGCAGACUGAACACGUUAUGAGAUAGUAAGCUGACCCUUUACGUGCUGCAGAUUGAUGGUGACUGUAAAUUAGAGCACUUGGAUUAAGCCAUGCCCUAGAUUAUAAGUGUUUGCACAGACAAUAAUUUGAAGGUAGAACACAGCUUUCCGCAGUUUGAAAAUGGUACCCCUAAAAUGAAAGAACAAGUCAACACGUGUUUAAGAAACUACAAAAUCGAUGCAGCUGUUCUUGAACUAGGCGACGAAAAAAAUUUUGAGAAGACUGAUAAACUUACAAAACUAGAAUGGGGAUGUGUUCGAGCUUGCGUUUACAAAGGAGCUAACUUUAUGAGAGCCGAUGGAUCUUUGGACAUCGAAGUUUUGACCGACGGUGAUGAACCCGAGGACAAGAAGAAAUUCGAAAGUGUUGUGGGUAUCUGCAGAGCUGAAGCUGGAAAAGAUGACUGCAAGUUCUUCCAGUGCAUGGAUGAGAAAGAUGAUUCAUAGAAUGUAUCAUACCUGUACUAAAAUAAAUUGAAUUUUUACUUAA